GACGCGAAGGAUGGGAGAAGUUUGGAGAGGAGCAACCAGUGGCGCUGGACUCUGGCAGGGUUGAGGCUGGAGGGUUUGCAAGCUGGCCUGAGGCCUCCCCGCCGUCUCCUUGGGGGGUGUGGGGCACAGCUGGGGUCCGUCGUGGUGCCCCCACCGCAGCCCAGCAGCCCAGAUGGCUGGGAAGGAGCUUGACGCGAGACCCAGACGCAGCAGCAAGGAGUUGGCCAACAAGUGAUCCAGGAGGUUUCUUUUGGAGGGGGCGGCGGCGGCGGCGCUGGGACUUGGUGCCCCCCUCGCUUCUCUGCCCCCUCCAGCGUCGCUUCCGAGGGAACCAUGGUAAUCCGAAGGGCUUCGUUUGUGGCUGUUUAGUUUCUCCCUGGCUCGGCCACACCGCGAGACCACCCUCUUUCGGCUCUCUGUCGACCUUGUGGGGCAGCUAAGAUGGGGCAGCAGGGAGGGAGGAGGGGGCUUCUUCUCCAGGCUACGGGUUUGCUUCUUUAAAUAAGGGGGUGUGGAGGAAUUGGGAUCAGUGUAGGAUACAGAUUGUCCUUGUGGCUGUUCGGUCGUGGAAUGGGCUUCCUGGGAAGGUGGUAGUCUCUCCUUCAUAAAAGGUAAAGGUGAAGGGACCCCUGCCCAUUAGGUCCAGUCGUGCCCGACUCUGGGGUUGCGGCACUCAUCUCGCUUUGCUGGCCGAGGGAGCCGGCGUACAGCUUCCGGGUCAUGUGGCCAGCAUGACUAAGCCGCUUCUGGCGAAGCAGAGCAGCGCACGGAAACGCCGUUUACCUUCCCGUCGGAGCGGUACCUAUUUAUCUAUUUUCACUUGGAUGUGCUUUUGAAUUGCUAGGUUGGCAGGAGCUGGGACUGAACAACCGGAGCUCACCCCGUCACGGGGAUUCGAACCGCCGACCUUCUGAUCGGCAAGCCCUAGGUUCUGUGGUUUAACCCACAGCGCCACCCGCGUCCCUUUUCUCUCCUUCAUAGGAGGUGUUUAAACUGGGGUCGGAGGGCCACCUGCCAGGGACUUUUUAGCUGUGAUUCCUACAUUCCAGGGGGUUGGGCUAGCUGACCCUUGGGACCCCUUCUGUGAUUCUAUGACUCGGCAUUUGGAAUGAUCAAGAGGUCCGCUUUCUCUUGAUGACCUUUGACUAGAUGACCCUCUACACUUCUCCGAUUCUAUGAUUCUCUUCUUGUUCUGAGAGCUUUCCAGAGCUUCAGGUGCCUGUCCUAUGGAACGAGGCUGCUCUAAAUAAGGUUCCUGCAACCACCUGCUCCUUCAAAAGACAGCCUGUCCAGAGCGAUUGGAGGACCUUCUUAGUCAGACGGGCAUUACAUUGGUUUCCCAGCAGCUGUUGGGUGUAGACUUUGCAAAGCCUGUGGACCUUCCGUGGGAAUUGACGGAGAUGCGAAGCUGAUGAUGAGGGAGUUUUUAAGCAGUUGUGUUCCCGCCAGGGAUGCCCCUGGUGGUUUGGGACAAGAGGUGAGGCCAGCAAGGUCGCCUCUGCUCUGCUUCAGCAAAGUGGCAUCUGAGAUGGGGCCACAGUCAGCAGGCCUUGGGAUCCAACAAGAUUCCUUGUGGUUGCUGGGCUGAGUCAAAGCAUCAUUCCUGAAACCGUUGGACAUCUUUGGGCUUGGGGAGGGGAUCAGUGGCAGGAGGCCCCAGGAUCGCUCCUCACCAGCAUCUCUGGAAAGGGUUGGGAGAUUUCACUGCCCGAAACCCCGGAGAGCUGCUGCCAGUCCGUGUAGACAAUACUGAACUGGGUGGAGCAAUGGCCUGACUCAGGAUAAGGCAGCCACCUGUGUUCCUUUGUACCUGUCAUGGGUGAAGUGUCAGGAAUUCAGUCAGUGCAGGAGAAAGUGUGUGAUUCUUUGGAGAACCUCUAGUUGCUAGGCAUAUCACCCUGGGCAAAGGGUUGGAGGUGCAGGGGCUUCUCACGAUGUGCAGACUUUUAGGUGCUUCCCCCCCCCCCCCGGUGGAGGAUUGCCUGACCUCACUUGACCUCACUCGGCCGGUUAAGGAGACACCGUUGCCUGCUGCACAUAUUUAUAUAUUGGUUCAAAAAUGUUGAUUUGGACCGGGAUCUCGCGGACUGAGGGCAUUGGGUAUGUUUAGCCAGGACAAGACAUGAGAGGUAAUGUGACACCCAUCUUCAAAUAUCUGAAGGUCAGAUGGAAGAUGGAGCAAGCUUGCUUUCUGCUGCUCCAAGAGGGGAGGGCUCCAGCUAACGGAUUCAAAUGACAAGGAAGGAGAUUCUGACUCAACAUUUGGAAGAACUUUCUGUUGGUGGGAACAGUUUGAGAGUGAAAAGGACCACCUUGGAAGGGGGUGGAGUUUCCUCCAUUGAAGCAUCUUAAAGAGAGGUGGCAGGGCCACCAGGUCAGGGAUUCUGUGCCUGUGAUCCUUGCAUUGCAGGGGGUUGGUCUAGAUGGCCCUUGGUGUCCCCUUCCAGCUCUACAAUUCUAUGAUUCUCCUGCCCUCCACACAUAUCGUCCUGCCUCGGUUUGUACCAGAGGAGGUGCUGAUGUAGCAUUCCUUCGCUGGAGGUUUUUAAACAGAGGUUUGGUGGCGGCCGUGUGUCUGGGAUUCCUGCUUUGAAAGGGUUUGGACUGGAUGAGGUUCCUUCUAACCUCCAUUCUAUGAGUCUAUGGGCUUAUCCACACCUACCUUUCCUCUGUGCUUCCCAGGCAGGUCAGUGCUUCAAAGUUCUCUAUCCUAGCUCUCAUUUUUUGCCCCGAAGCUUUCACUGCGAAACCCACUCUUUGCCGCGGAAUCGGAGCAAACGGCAAUCCGUGGAGAAACGGAAUCGUCUUGAGUUGUGCUUCAGCUUUAAAGAGCAGGUUUUUGCCCGGGGGGGGGGAGGCGUGAAGAGCGCUCAGACACAGAGCUUUAAAGCACAGGACCUUUGCCUAGAAAGCACAGAGCAAAAUAUAAGUGUGGAUAUUGAUUUUAUGAGUGCUCCAACCCAACUCUGUGGUACGGCAUCCUUGCAGACCCUCCAAGUGUCCCUGUUUUCCAGGGUCAGCCCUGGAUUUACAGAAGUUGCCCCAGUUUCUCAUUUGAUGCUGGAAUGUCCCUCUUUUCCUUAAAGGUAAAGGUAAAGGGACCCAUGACCAUUCGGUCCAGUCGUGACCGACUCUGGGGUUGCGGUGCUCAUCUCGCUUUAUUGGCCAAGGGAGCCGGCAUACAGCUUCCGGGUCAUGUGGCCAGCAGGACUAAGCCGCUUCUGGCGAACCAGAGCAGCGCACGGAACCGCCGUUUACCUUCCCGCUGGAGCGGUACCUAUUUAUCUACUUGCACUUUGACAUGCUUUCGAACUGCUGGGUGGGCAGGAGCAGGGACCGAGCAACAGGAGCUCACCCCGUCGCGGGGAUUCGAACCACCGACCUUCUGAUCAGCAAGUCCUAGGCUCUGUGGUUUAACCCACAGCACCACCUGCAUCCCAUCUCUUUUCCUUAGGAUGUCCCUAUUUUCAUCAGAGAAAUGCUGGAGGGUAGGGAGUUAUGUGACCCCCGAGCCAAGGAGAUAAAUACAAACUUUAGAAGACAUCUGAAGGCAGACCUGUAUGGGGAAGUUUUUAAAUGUUGGAUGUUCUUCUGUAUGUUGGAAGCUCCCUAUUUUUACUGGAGAAAUGCUGGAGGAUAUGGCAUUGUGGGCUGUUUCUUCUUUAACAGUUGCUCAGCUCAGUCACUAUUGACAAAGCUGUAGCCGUUGGAGUUGCUGGAAUCUGCUGGAGGGAAAGCUGUUCUUGUGCUCAGGUCUUGCUUGUGGGCUUCCUGUAACUGGCACCUGGUUGGCCCCUGUGAAAACAGGAUUGUGGACUAGAUGGGCCAUGGGCCUGAUCCAGCGGCCAGCUCUCCUUAUGUUCUUAGGCCUGCCAGCCAGGGCUCCUGCUUCUCAGUCUGCAAGAUGAAGCAGGUUCCCUCCUCCUCCUCCUCCUCCUCCUCCUCCUCCUCCUCUCCCUGCCUGGGAAGAGGAUCCCCUUUCUCACGCACAGCUUGCCGCUCGGAACAAAAGUUUGGCACCGAGAGAGCGGCUGAGGGAUGCAGAGAUCAUUAGCAGCUGUUUGGAAAGGGAGUGUGUGGGGCUGCGAAGCCGAUGCGGUUAGGAAAACCGCCUGGCUCUGCCUCAUUGCAGACAGAAGGGAUCAGGUCCAGAAAACAGAGGAAUUAAUAGAUCUGCUCCCCCUCAGCACACCCACCCACCCAGCCAGCCCUUUCCCCUUUCCCCUUUCGGCUCCAUUGGCACAAGGCUGCCUCUGAGUGACAGUCUGAAUGCUUGGCUCGAUCCUUGCAGCUGGGACCCCUCAGGCGGCCUUGCUCCCUCCCUCCCUCAGAUUUAGAGGAUUCUCUCUCCCCCUUGCAGAAGAGAAGGAGAGAAGUUGGUUUUGAUAAGCGGCUUCAGAGGCAGAGAGCAAAGAGAGAUGAACUGUGAUGACCACCAGCCUAGAUGGCUUUGAAAUAAGUUUGAGACAAAUUCAUGCAGAAGGGGGCUAUCAAGGGCUCCUAGCCAGGAUGGCUCUGCGCUGCCUGCACACUGGAGACAGUAAGUCUUCUGAACCCCAGUUUCUGGAAACCACAGGAGGAGAGAGGACUCUGCCCAGACACUGAGGUCCAGCUCCGAGGGUCUUCUGGCGGUUCCCUCAUUGUGAAAAGUGAGGUUACAGGGAACCAGGCAGAGGGCCUUCUCGGUGGUGGCACCCGCCCUGUGGAACGCCCUCCCACCAGAUGUCAAAGAGAUAAACAACUACCUGACAUUUAGAAGACAUCUGAAGGCAGCCCUGUUCAGUGAAGUUUUUAAUGUGUGCCAUUUUAAUAUAUUUUUUAAUCUUUGUUGGAAGCCGCCCAGAGUGCCUGGGAAACCCAGCCAGAUGAGCAGGUUACAUAUAAUAAUAAUAUGCUCAGAUCCUGCUUGCAGGCUUCCCUAAGGGGCACCUGGUGGGGCACUGUGAGAACAGGAGGCUGGAGUAGAUGGGCCCUUGGCCUCAUCCAGCAAACUCUUUUUAUGCAGAAUAAAUUUGGGGGAGAAGCAGGAAGGUUACAGGAGGCUUGCGGGGCCCACAAGUCUUUUUGAGGCAGUGGGAAGCCAAAGAAGAGGCAAAGCUUCAAAUCUCUAUGAAAUCACAGCAGUAAUCCUCACCAAGCCAUAAAAUGCCUCAAACCGUGUGUUUGAAGUGAUGGGGUGGGAUCCGGAGCAGUGUUUCUUCUCUGCCACCCAGGUCCCGCUGCAUCAGAAGGUUCUGUGGUUUUAAUGGGAAAGGGAAGAGCUUUCAGGGAAGCCCACCUGCCGCCAUCCCAAGGUCAAAAGUGAGGAAGCAAAGUCCUCCUCUCAAAGACCUUCUAGAAUACCUUGUGAGGAGAGCGCAGAAUUUUCAUUCCGUGAAAUGCAUGAUUCACAUUUUGCUUCAAGCGCAAACCUGAUUUGCUAAAAUCAGCGAGAUUUAGCCGUUGAAUUCAGUGGGACUCAGUUGCACCCUCUGAUUUUUCAGCUGUGGUUUUAGCGAGACAAAAUAAUGACUCUAGGCUUAAUUGUGGCCCCAAACUACUCGUCAAGUGUCUAAAAUCUGAAACAGUUCUCACAGCAGAGAGAGAUUUCUUCCACUCUCUGGCCCCCGCUCCGUCACCUUCUGAAUCACAUUCCGUUUACAGAUUUAACAAUUUAAACACAAUGACCAUAAUUAUAACACAUCGCAAUGUAACGCAACCACAGGGGUUUGGACAGGAUGACCCUUCGGGUCCCUUCCAGCUCUACAGAUUUCUGGGUCCAUGAACAUGACCAUCUCCACCGAAACCUCUGAUGUUUAGAUGAGCGCAAAGCAUUCCAGCAGGUCAGCUAACAAUAUCCAGCCCCGGCAAUACUAUCCACCGGCACGAAGCAUUCCUUCAGCUGCGCAAACGCUUCCCAGAACUUUUCCAUAAACAGAACGGGACGGAGAGGAGGUGCAAGUUCCUUCCAAUUUAAACCCAGCUCCUCGGCGCAGCUGGGAUUUCCAUUUGGCCGCCUGAUUCCCGAAGCCAGGGCUUUUGGCAGGGAGCGCCGCAAGAGAGCAUCACGAGGAGGGUGAUAAAAUUUCCAGGGCUGGCUGGCAGCGCUGCAGCUUUUGUGGGAGGCAGAGAUGUUUUUGGGGAGAGCAACAGGCCCUCUUGCAAGAUCUUCCUCUCAUAUAAGUCAUGUCAGACUAACCUGAUCUCGUUUUUUGACAGAAUUACAAGUCUGGUAGAUGAAGGGAACGCAGUGGAUGUAGCCUACCUUGAUUUCAGCAAGGCAUUUGACAAGGUGCCUCAUGAUAUUCUUGUAAAGAAGCUGGUAAAAUGUGGUCUUGACUAUGCUACCACUCAGUGGAUUUGUAACUGGCUGACUGACCGAACCCAAAGGGUGCUCAUCAAUGGUUCCUCUUCAUCCUGGAGAAGAGUGACUAGUGGGGUGCCACAGGGUUCUGUCUUGGGCCCGGUCUUAUUCAACAUCUUUAUCAAUGACUUGGAUGAUGGACUCAAGGGCAUCCUGAUCAAAUUUGCAGAUGACACCAAAUUGGGAGGGGUGGCUAACACCCCAGAGGACAGGAUCACACUUCAAAACGACCUUGACAGAUUAGAGAACUGGGCCAAAACAAACAAGAUGAAUUUUAACAGGGAGAAAUGUAAAGUAUUGCACUUGGGCAAAAAAAUUAGAGGCACAAAUACAAGAUGGGGGACACCUGGCUUGAGAGCAGUACAUGUGAAAAGGAUCUAGGAGUCUUGGUUGACCACAAACUUGACAUGAGCCAACAGUGUGACGCGGCAGCUAAAAAAGCCAAUGCAAUUCUGGGCUGCAUCAAUAGGAGUAUAGCAUCUAGAUCAAGGGAAGUAAUAGUGCCACUGUAUUCUGCUCUGGUCAGACCUCACCUGGAGUACUGUGUCCAGUUCUGGGCACCACAGUUCAAGAAGGACAUUGACAAACUGGAACGUGUCCAGAGGAGGGCAACCAAAAUGGUCAAAGGCCUGGAAACGAUGCCUUAUGAGGAACGGCUAAGGGAGCUGGGCAUGUUUAGCCUGGAGAGGAGGAGGUUAAGGGGUGAUAUGAUGGCCAUGUUCAAAUAUAUGAAGGGAUGUCACAUGGAGGAGGGAGAAAGGUUGUUUUCUGCUGCUCCAGAGAAGCGGACACGGAGCAAUGGAUCCAAACUACAAGAAAGAAGAUUCCACCUAAACAUUAGGAAGAACUUCCUGACAGUAAGAGCUGUUCGACAGUGGAAUUUGCUGCCAAGGAGUGUGGUGGAGUCUCCUUCUUUGGAGGUCUUUAAGCAGAGGCUUGACAACCAUAUGUCAGGAGUGCUCUGAUGGUGUUUCCUGCUUGGCAGGGGGUUGGACUCGAUGGCCCUUGUGGUCUCUUCCAACUCUAUGAUUCUAUGAUUCUAUGAUUCAUCACCCAGCAGCAGCUUCUCCUACUCCUCCUCCUCCUCCUCGGCCAUCUGCCAGGAACGCAGAGUCUGGGAAGAGGUCUGGCUUGCAGGAUAAAUAGGGUGGUCCCCCCAGAGCGUGGGCUGCAGGAACAGAGCUCCGCAAACAUCUUUCAUGUCAGGCUGAGCGAGAGCAGUUCCCCAGAGGCCACCCCGGGAGCAAGAGGGAAGAGGGAGGGUGCUCUUUGGGAGAGCCGACUCAGGUCCCCCAGGCCAGGGGCGUCAGGGCGGGCCAGCGCUCGACUUGCUUACAUUGGACGGGUGAUCGAGGCACCGCCAAGAGCCCUCUGUGCAAACACAGAGGCCAGGGAGAGAUUUCCUGGUCAGAGGUUUCCAUCUCAACACAAACAGAGGCUUGCCAGAGGCUGAGAUCCAGAAGGGUUUAAUCUCACGCUGGAGCCAGAUGAGAGCUUUUCAGAGUCUUGUGAUUGGAGCCCUAGUUACCCAGGCUGUAUACAGUGGUACCUCGGGUUACAGACGCUUCAGGUUACAGAUGCUUCAGGUUACAGACUCCGCUAACCCAGAAAUAGUACCUCGGGUUAAGAACUUUGCUUCAGGAUGAGAACAGAAGUCGUGCUCCGGCGGCGCGGCGACAGCAGGAGGCCCCAUUAGCUAAAGUGGUGCUUCAGGUUAAGAACAGUUUCAGGUUAAGAAAGGACAUCUGGAACGAAUUAAGUUCUUAACCUGAGGUACCACUCUAUUGUUGUUGUUUAGUUGUUUAGUCGUUUAGUCGUGUCCGCCUCUUCAUGACCCAAUGGACCAGAGCUCACCAGGCCCUCUUGUCUUCCACUGCCUCCCGCAGUUUGGUCAAACUCAUGCUGGUAGCUUCCAGAACACUGUCCCACCAUCUCGUCCUCCGUCGUCCCCUUCUCCUUGUGCCCUCCAUCUUUCCCAACAUCAGGGUCUUUUCCAGGGAUUCUUCUCUUCUCAUGAGGUGGCCAAAGGAUUGGAGCCUCAGCUUCAGGAUCUGUCCUUCCAGUGAGCACUCAGGGCUGAUUUCCUUCAGAAUGGAGAGGUUUGAUCUUCUUGCAGUCCAUGGGACUCUCAAGAGUCUCCUCCAGCUCCAUAAUUCAAAAGCAUCCAUUCUUCGGCGAUCAGCCUUCUUUAUGGUCCAGCUCUCACUUCCAUACAUCACUACUGGGAAAACCAUAGCUUUAACUAUAUGGACCUUUGUUGGCAAGGUGAUGUCUCUCCUUUUUAAGAUGCUGUCUAGGUUUGUCAUUGCUCUUCUCCCAAGAAGCAGGCGUCUUUUAAUUUCGUGACUGCUGUCACCAUCUGCAGUGAUCAUGGAGCCCGAGAAAGUAAAAUCUCCCACUGCCUCCAUUUCUUCCCCUUCUAUUUGCCGGGAGGUGAUGCUGUAUAUAGGUCUACUCAUUUCGUCUCCCUUGCUAUCACAGAAUCAUAGAGUUGGAAGGGACACCCCAGGGUCAUCUAGUCCAACCCCGUGAAAUGCAGGUGGUUAAACAAGUGUAGAGAGCCAGUGGCAGAGCAGUGGUUGCUAGUUAGAGAGUUGGACAAAGAUCUGGGAGAGACCAGGGUUCAAAUCCUGCUGCUCAGCCAUGAAGCUCACUGGGUGACCUUGUGGGCCGGCCACUGCCUCUCAGCCUCACCUACCUCCCAGGGCUGUUGUUGCAAGGAUAAAACAAUGAGGAGGAGAAUUAUGGAUGCCACCUUGAGCUCCUUGGAGGUAGUAAAAAAGGAAAUAAAUAGGUGCUGCAGGUUUUGGAACACAGCAAAACCCUGCUAACGUGUUUGACCAGUGAUGAUAGUUGGAAAUGUGUGUAUUAACUGGGUUUUAAAAAAAAGUUUUGAAAGCUGCCCAGAGAGUUCCAAGACUCAAGGCCUCCAGGCUGAAAUAUUUGUUGACCAGCACCGUUGUCCUCCAUUGUCGUGGGACGUUGGUGGCCACAAGAGAAGCCUACUGAGACAGCCACCGGUGGCACUGGCUCGUAAGCCAGCCUUCGUCUUUGCUGAGGCCUCUGGCCCCCCAUCCCUGCCCGUCCGCGUCAAGGAGAGCUAAAUACAGACUGUGACCUAUGAGGCAAAUUGCGUCUGCUGUAGGUCGAAGCUGGCAAGGGCAGAGAUAAAGCUCUGUGGCCUGUUUGUGUCCUGAAAGCCUAAAGAGGAGUGAGAAACUCAGAGAGCCAUAGAACUGGAGGGUAGGAAGGGAACCCCAGAAAUCAUCCAGCCCAACCCCCUGCAAUGCAGGAACCAGCAUGCAAAUAGGGAGAUCUGAACUUGAGUCUGGGGGAUAAUCAAAAUGGAGAGAAACCACAAUGGACGAGAUCUGGUUCUGAGCCAGAUGACCCCAGGGUCUGACUCAAAACAAGGUGAAUUCAUGUGUGUGUGUGUGUGUGUGUGUGUGUGUGUGUGUGUGUAUGCAAUUGAUGGUGAACUGCUCUGACUGCUUGCUGUCCCCCUUCCCUUAAAGGACCCCCAAUCCCUGGAUGUUGCCGUGCAGAACACGCUCUCGGGCCUCUACCCCCCGUUUGACAUCACGGCGCCCACUGUCCUCAGCCAGCUCUUCCGCGUCCUGGAGGCCAGAUACCACAGCGAUGGGCUCUGCUGCCUGCUGGACUUCCUCAUCCCUUCCAAGCGCCUUCUGGAGCACGUGCGGCAGGCGGCCUGCGUAAGUGCAAGAGGAAAUGCCCGGGCUUUGGGCAGCUGCACUUUAGAGCAUCCUUCCCCAACCUGGUGCCCUCCAGGGGUCUUGGACUGCAACUGCCAUCAGUCUCUGCCAUGGGGGCUACAGUCUUAGAAUUACAGAGGUGGAAGGGACCCCACGGGUCAUCUAGUCCAACCCCUGGCAAUCCACCACCGUCCAUUCCUCUGUCAAAGAGCUCUUAAACUCAGAAUGUUCUUCCAAAUGUCGAGUCAGAAUCUCCUUCCUUGUCAUUUGAACCCACUGGUUCUGAAUCACCAGAAAACAAGCCUGCUCCAUCUUCCUUUUUUUUAAAAAAAGUUUUUAUUUAUACUUUUCAAAUUUAUACAUUUCAUUAAUUUUACAAUCAUUUUAAUAUUUCAAGGUUUGACUUCCUUCCCCCUCUUUCUGCGGUUGUUAAUAUCUUCUGCAUAUCCAAAUUCAUUUAAUUUGCUACUUUAAUUAUCUUAAAGUAUAAUUUAAUUAUCUUAAAUUAAAUUAUCAUUUAAUUUAAUUAUCUGCUUUAAAUAUAAACUCUUAUGGAGCUGCAGGUUAUUACAAUAAUCCUGCCAAGGUUUGUAUCUGUUUGCAAUUUAUCUGUAAAUAUUCAAUAAACCAUUUCCAUUCUUUCAUAAAAAGUUUGUUAUCUUGAUAUCUUAUUCAAGCUUGCUCCAUCUUCCCUGGGACACAGACAGCCCUUCUGAAAUUUGAAGGUGGCGAUCAUGUUGCCUCUCAGCCUCCUCCGUUCCACUAAAGUCCAAAACAUCCAUAGGGCACCAGGUUAGAAUGGGAAGGGACCCCUCAAGUCCAUCUAGUCCAACCCCCUUCAAAUGCUGGAAUCUCCAUUAAAGCAUGCAUGACAGAUGGAGGUUGGUUGCAUUAGAGACAGCGCAGAGAGGACCACAUCCUCCCAUCAUGAUCUUGUCUCAUGCAGGCCCAUGGAAUAAUAAUAAUAAUAAUAAUAAUAAUAAUAAUAAUAAUAAUUUCUUAUUUAUACCCCACCCAUCUGGCUGGGUUUCCUCAGCCACUCUGCACGGCUUCCAACACAAUAUCAAAAUACAAUAGUCUAUUAAACAUUAAAAGCUUCCCUAAACAGGGCUGCCUUCAGAUGUCCUCUAAAAGUCUGGUAGUUGUUUUUCUCUUUGACAUCUGGUGGGAGGGCGCUCCACAGGGCGGGCGCCACCACCGAGAAGGCCCUCUGCCUGGUUCUCUGUAACUUGGCUUCUCGCAGGGAGGGAACCACCAGAAGGCCCUCGGAGCUGGACCUCAGUGUCCGGGCAGAACGAUGGGGGUGAAGACGCUCCUUCAGAUCUACUGGACCGAGGCCGUUUAGGGCUUUAAAGGUCAGCACCAACACUUUGAAUUGUGCCCAGAAACAUACUGGGAGCCAAUCUAUACUGAGGCUGAGGAAGCAAGGAUAAGUUGCAUCCCAUAAUUAUAAAUAAAUAAAUAAAUAAAUAAAUAAAUAAAUAAAUCCUUUAUUAGGCAUAGCAAACCACACAUUAUCAAACAGAUGUCGUAUACAAAUUGUGCAAAAUACGAGCUCAACCUAACAAGGUUUGUCCCAGUCAGAUAUUUAACUCCAGAGAAAAUCAAUUUGCAUAAAUAAUGCAAUACAACAUUACCACAUCACCAAUCAAUUAAGAACCACUAAAUCUCUUUAUAAUGGCCCAGUCUUUCUACAUGGACAGCACUCAAAAAUUCAGCCACUAUUAAAGUAAUUUGAUCAUUCCUGUCCGAGAUCAGGUCCUGAACCGUUGGUGGCAUAGAAUUGAGCCUAUUGUGCUGUGAGGCCUCUAAUAAUUGUCUUCUGGCAUAAAUGACAAAAUCACAAGAAAAGAAAAUGUGAAAAGAACAUAAUUAUAUUCUCCUUCUCUGCCCCUUUUUCAUGCCCGUCUGCAGGCUCCUUACUCCGGCUGCGUCUUCCUCCACGAAGGGUGGCCCCUGUGCCUCCGCGAGAAAGUGGUCGUCCACCUCGGACCGCUCAACCCUCUCCUCCUUCGCCCGGGGGACUUCUACCUGCAAGCGGAGCCCUGUGGGGAGCAGUCGGCCUGCCUGGUGGUCAAGUGCCUCUCCAGGGACCUCACCACUGUGGAGAAGAUCUCCGUCCCCGAAGCGUCCUGCUCCUUGCUGUUCACCAAAGAGUGGCUGGAGGAGGUCAACCGAGACCUGGACCGGCCAACGCUCCACACCUGCCUGGUGGCCACUGGGAAUGGGAUCGUCCCCCUCCCGUGGAAUAAAAUAGCCGUCCCAGAAUUUGUUGGGGUGCCCAAAACGGAAGGUUUGGUGGAGCAAGAGUCCUCAACCCACCUAGCAAAUCUGCGUCCGGACUGCAGUCCCGACUCAGGGAGCUUGCAGUCCUCUCCGCUUAAGUAUCCUGGCCUCAUCAAAGUUGUAGAAGGAACCUGGAAGAAAUCCGCUCUCUUUGCUUUGCCGAGUCUGUGCGACAUCAUCGGCGACAACCUGGAAGGCGAAUACGUGAAUCUUCUGGGGUUUUCCGAAGAAGGGAAGCAGGAUAAUUCUCCUCCCGUCAAGGCAACAGGGUCAGCCAGUGGGGAGCAGCUGCACACAGUUGCAGCGUCACCCAAGGUGGAGAAGGACCUCCUUUUGGUGAAUGGGGAUGACGGGGAGAUGGCCGGGGGCUGGAGCUGCGGGAAGGGGCAAAACUCAGAGGAAGGGCCCUGCACACCUUGCCUGAGGCGGCGGCUGGGCCAAGACACCAAGGUUCAUGAGCCGAGGUGCAGGUACCGUGAGUCAUAUGUGGCGGCCCUCAAGAACCCGGUCAGCUUCAGCUCGGGGUUGAUGGCAGCUAUUUUGGAAGAGAUGGAUACGUCGAAGCAGGGCUCCUCUUCCCUCUCGGAAAGCACAGGCGUGUGGCCUCUGGAGGGAUCAGGCCAAAUUUUCUCUGAGCAGCCGAACAAGAUUGAGAAAGCGGAGGACGACACUUCCAAACCAGGCCACUCCAGACUCCCGAAGCCUCCGGCCGACUGUCCCGCUGCCAGCAAUAAAUUCUCAUUCCUGAAAGGCCACCGUCAGCUGGGCUCCUCGUCGGGUGGCCUGCCAGGGGCGGAGAAGGCCGGGAAGGGCCAGGAGGGGCACCGGAAAAGGACGUCGGCCGUUUGCUCUCCCCGCCCGGCCAGAGCAAAGGCGGCAGCUGGGAAAGGUGAGAGUGGGAAUAAAGGGAAGGGCUGGGAGGAAGCCACACAGAAGCAUGCUCAGAGGCCUGCAGGGGACGGCCGCACUGAAGUCUGCAUGAUGCACUGGCAUCUCUGGCUCAGGGUUAUGUGCAAAAGGUUGCAGCAUUGGGGGCUUUUCUGCCUGGAGAAAAGGAGAGAAAGAGGGAGCACGACACAGUUAUGCACGGCUUGGAGAAAGGGGACGGAGGAAAGUUUUUCUCCUUCUUCCAUAAGACUGGUACUGGGGGGCAUCCGCUGGAGGGCUGGAAGAAGAUUCAGGAUGCAGCCCGCAAUCUCACUGGGCUCCCCCAGCCGCUCUGGGAGGCUUUCAACAAAUUAAAACACAAUAUGAACAGACUGCCUUCCUGUUCAAAUGGUUGUUAUUAUUAUUAUUAUUUCGUUAUCUAUACCCCAUCCGUCUAGCUGGGUUUCCCCAGCCACUCUGGACAGCUUACAACAACAUUUUUUUAAAAAAUCAAUCCCUUAAAACUUCCCUAAACAGGGCUGCCUUCAGAUGUCUUCUAAAAGUGUGGUAGUUGUUUUUCUCUUUGACAUCUGGUGGGAAGGCGUUCCACAGGGCGGGCGCCACCACCAAGAAGGCCCUCUGCCUGGUUUCCUGUAGCUUUGCUUCUUGCAAUGAGGGAACCGCCAGUGCUGGACCUCAGUGGCCGGGCAGAACGAUAGAGGUGGAGACGCUCCUUCAGGUAUACUGGAUUAAGGCCGUUUAGGGCUUUAAAGGUCAGCACCAACACUUUCAAUUGUGCCUGGAAAUGUACUGGGAGCCAACGUAGGUCUUUCAGGACUAGUGGUAUAUGGUCUCAGCAGCCACUCCCAGUCACCAGUCUAGCUGGCGCAUUCUGGAUUAGUUGUAGUUUCCGAGUCACCUUCAAAGGUAGCCCCACAUAGAGUGCAUUGCAGUAGUCCAAGUGGGAGAUAACCAGAGCAUGCACCACUCUGGCCAGACAGUCUGCAGGCAGGGAGGGUCUCAUCCUGCGUACCAGAUGGAACUGAUAAACAGCUGCCCUGGACACAGAAUGGACCUGCGCCUCCAUGGACAGCUGUGAGUCCAAAAUGACUCCCAGGCUGCGCACCUGGUCCUUCAGGGCAUAGUUACCCCAUUCAGGACCAGGGAGUCCUCCACACCCACCCACACCCUGUCUCCCCCAAAACAGUACUGCUGUCUUGUCAGAAUUCAACCUCAAUCUGUUAGCCGCCAUCCAUCCUCCAACAGCCUCCAGGCACUCACACAGGACCUUCACCGCCUUCACUGGUUCUGAUUUGAAAGAGAGGUAGAGCUGGGUAUCAUCCGCAUACUGAUGAACACCCAGCCCAAGCCCCCUGAUGAUCCCCUUAAAAGAGGAUCAGACAAAUUCAUGAAGGAGGGAAGGGCUAUUGAUGGCUCUGCUUCUGAAUAAAGCUCUCUCCCCAGCCCUCUCUCUUACAGCAGCUGGGAUUCAGGAGCACUGCUGCCUCCGACUGCGGACUAGACGAGCCUUGGUCUGAUCCAAUAUAUGUCUCUCCCCUGAUUUGCCUACGAGACACCUCCUCUCUGCAUUUUUCCUUCUCUGAAGGGUAGGACUCGAACUAAUGGCUUCAAGUUACAAGAAAGGAGAUUCCGAGUAAACAUUCGGAAAAACUUUCUGACAGUAAGAAGCUGCUGGACAGUGGAACAGACUGCCACUAGAAGUGGUGGACUCUCCUUCCUUGGAGGUUUUUAAGCAGAGGUUGGAUGUUCAUGUCAUGGAUGCCUGAAGCUGAGAUUCCUGCAUUGCAGGGGGUUGGACUAGAUGACCCUUAGAUCCCUUCCCAGUCUAAGAUUCUCUGAUUUCAGGGCACCCUGUGACCUGAUUUGUGGGGUCUUCUUGGGUGGUCCUGAUUUAUGAUGGGUGUGUAUCAACAUAGAUCAUGGCGUUUGGGGACAACCCAUCUCUGCUACUCUCUAACUUUCACAUCUUUCUCCUGGCCAGGUGACGUUGUGCUUUCAGAACUUCCAGCUCCCAAGAACGCGGAGAGUGUCGCCAUUCCUACGUCCCCUGCCGAUGUCCUGCUCAGAGAAUCGCCUCCUCCGGGAUCUGGCCCACAGGAUCUGGCCCAGUGGGAGAUGCUCAGUCCCGAGCUUUUAUCUUCUGGGAUUGUAUGUCUGCCAGGUACUGCAAUAGUGAUGCAAUAGUGCCGUCACCAUCUUCGCACGCAGCUGACCUCUUGCACAGCUCUCAUUUGUACCAAAGACUGCAAUGGGCCACUUUAAAAACAUCUCAGGGUGAUCUGGGCUUUGGGGCAACCACAGCUCACUGUUUGCUGCAGUAGACUAAUGCACCCCCCUUCAGGAAACUGUUCCAUUGGUCUGGAAAGCCUAGUACCUGAGAAUUUUCUGGUGGCUCCUGCCCUGAGGUUGCAACCUUUCUAGCUAUCCCCAAAGAAAGCGGACCAUAAUAAAUAAAUCCACAUUUAUAUUUUUCUUCUAUUGAAUAUAAUAAUGGGUGCCGCUAGAAAAGGAGGGUUUCGAAAAGCAGGUGUGGGAAUGCGAGAACCAGUGGGGGUUGCAGUGUUGGGAGAGUCCUGGGUUCAAAUCCUCCCACUCAGCCACAAAGCUCGCUGGGUUUGACCUUGGGGACAGCCACUGCCUCUUGGCCUGACCCACCUCACAGGGUUCUUGUGAGGAUAAAAUGGGGGAUACCAAAGUACACCACAUUGAGCACCUUGGAUGAAAAGGUGGGGUAUCAAUGAACUAAGUCUCUCUCUCUCUUGGCAUCUUAUCACAUUUAUGGUUGCACUGACUUUCCUUUGGCUCCAGGAAACGUGGAUAAGCUUGGCAGACCCAUCGUCCAGAUCUGCAGCGGUGGCCCAGCGUGGCAAGCCCCGUGGUGCUCAGCCAGAGAAGUGGCACGCCUUCUCCUCUUCCUUUGCACCAUGUCUAGGUCAGUCCCCCUCCUUCAGCGGCCGGCCAGCCGCCUGGGACUCCCUUGUCAGUUCCUGUGAUGGUCAAUGAGAACGAUGCUCAAGUCUCUUUCCUGCAGUCGUAGACAAAUAACAUCAUAGAAGCGUCGCGUUGGAAGGAGCCCCCAGGCUCACCUGCUCUGGUUGUCAGAUACGAUUGAAGGCAUGAGGGCAUGGGUGCAGGUGUGAGUGGUUUGGCGGCGAGCGUUGCUCAGUUGGUGGUUGGGCAUCAGGGCCAAACCCUGGGUAAAAGUAAAGGGACCCCUGACCAUUAGGUCCAGUCAUGGCUGACUCUGGGGUUGCGGCGCUCAUCUCGCUUUACUGGCCGAGGGAGCUGGCGUACAGCUUCCGGGUCAUGUGGCCAGCAUGACUAAGCCGCUUCUGGCGAACCAGAGCAGCGCACGGAAAUGCCGUUUACCUUCCCGCUGGAGUGGUACCUAUUUAUCUACUUGCAACUUUGAUGUGGGGAUUUGAACCGCCAACCUUCUGAUCGGCAAGCCCUAGGCUCUGUGGUUUAACCCACAGCGCCACCAGCAUGACUAAGCCGCGAACCACAGCAGCGCACGGAAACGCCGUUUACCUUCCCGCUGGAGUGGUACCUAUUUAUCUACUUGCAACUUUGAUGUGCUUUCGAACUGCUAGGUGGGCAGGAGCAGGGACCGAGCAACAGGAGCUCACCCUGUCGCAGGGAUUCAAACCGCCGACCUUCUGAUCGGCAAGUCCUAGGCUCUGUGGUUUAACCCACAGCGCCACCCAUGUCCCAAACUCUGGGUAUCCCAUGAUCAAAGGGAUCUGGGGCGGGGAGGGGGCAGAGCCAAAGGCAUUCCCCCAGACGGCGGUCCCUGCGGGGGUCACCCUAUUUUAUGUAAGUCUCAGGAACCUCCGCCCGGAUCGACCUACGCUUCACUUCCGAUGGGUGGGCUGGAAGUAUUUAGAUUGCCCCCUGCACAAGCCAAACCUCUUUCAUCUGUAUUCAAUAGUUACGGCCCGUUUUGACCCCCAAAACCAGCCUCAUUGGUCUCUUAUUUAUAUGGGUUGGGGCAGGUUGGCUUUGAUUUAAAUCAAAUUGAUUUAAAUCAAAUCAAGUCUUACUGACUAGUGAUUUAUCAGUAAGACUUGAUUUAAAUACUUUUUCUUUUACAGAAAGACUCAUUCUUGCUGGUAUCAUCUUAAUAUUGACAACAAGAGAAAGGUUUUUUUUGGAAUAAUAAAUUUUCAGAGUUUUUUUUGCAGUUAUAUCAAAAAUUACUGAUUUGGUUAUAUUGUUAGAAAUACAUAGACAGAUAAUUAUGAAAUUAUUGCGAGGUUUAAUAAGUCAACUGUUUAUAUUUGGACAACCUUUCUGCUGUACGUUAUUAGGAGAAAAAUAAUGAUUUCCUUAAUAACAAUUUAAACAAUUUAACUAAAACAAUAACAUUAUAGCAUAUGUAUCCAUGUUUGUUAACUGAUGUGGAUAAACAUUUUUUUAAAUAAAAAAACCCCUUAGACUCAAACUUAUGAGUUUAGCACACGUGAAAAUCUUGAAAUAAAUCCUUCUUUCCUGAUGAAUAGCCUUUGGACAAUAAUGUAACUUAAAUAGAAAACUACUGUAUCUUUAGAAAGAUUUUUCCUCCAAAAGCAUUUUAUUUUAAAAAUCCAAUUUAAAUAAUAAUAAAAAAUCAUUGAUUUUUAUCUACCCUGGGUUGGGGUAUGGGGAGCCUGGUGCCUGGUCCCGCAACUCCCUGGCCCUCCAGAUUUCAAUCAUAGAAUUGUAGAGUUGCCCACCGCAGGCCCAGGGCCGAAUUUAGGUUUGAUGUGGCCCUCAGCUCCUGAAGGUAAUGGGGCCCUUUAUAUGUCCAGCUGUCCUUUGUCAACAAGAAAUUGUCACUGUAUCUAAAGCCAUUUGCGCAUAACGAAAUAGGUAUUUUAUCAAAGUAAUUAUUGAACUGAAAUACAGUUAAGAAGAAGUAUAUUAAUAGUGAAAUAAUUAUUAAGCUCUAACUUAAAAUGAUUUUUAUUCAUAACAAACUUAAUAAUGAAAACACGUUGGCAUUUGGCAAUAGCAAAAGUUCCAUUAGAAAUACAAUUUACAAAGACUCAUAAUCUUGUUUCUAGAAACUUGCUAUAACAUGAAAUAAUAAUAGGUGUACAUAUAUGAUGCAAACUACUAAUAAUUAUAAAUAGCAGAAUAUAGGCACCCUGUAUAUAUAAAUGAGCAAACCAGUGAUAUUUUAGGGAGCAGGUUAGCAGGCGAGGCCCAUUAUUUACAUCAUAGGAGCCUACACAACACAAAACACUGUUGCUGUAGGUAGGUUUUGUUUUAUUGGUUUUUUAUCUUAUAUUUUAGAAAUGUACAUCCAGUUGUUUUUUUCCUUUAAUUUUUUGGGGCCCCCAGAGAGUGGGGCCCUAAGCUAGAGCUUGUUUAGCUUAUACGUAAAUCCUGCACUGCACAGUCAGCAAAAUAGAGAGGGGGUCUGGCCCACUCCAUGAAAAAAAUUUUUGGGGGGAUGACCCCCUUGGCUCCCCCUCCAUAGCGCCAGAAUGUGCAACAAUGUCUAUCCUCCCACAGCAUCUCAUGCAAGGACUCAGACUUGUCUUUGAGUUUGCUUCUCCCACCAUGGAGUAAAAACCAUCCUUUCAUCCAGUUUGUCUGCAUCUCUUUCCAUUCUGCAGGAAGCUUUCGAAGGACACGGGGCUGGCACUUGUCAUCGAUGCCAGAAAAGAGAUGCCCCCACCCGCCCUCUCUGCCGCCCUCGGAUCCGUCCAGGUAAUCUCAGGUGGGUGGGAAAAAUCACAGCAAGGGGAGGGGAGUUUGCAGGGAGCAGCUGGCUUUUUCCAGAGAGGUUUUGUCACCCUAAGUCACUGUUAUGUACUGAGUUGAAUAGGAUCCAGAAUGCAGCAGUCUGAUUGGCCCUAGAACAAUAGGAUUCAGAAUGCAGCAGUCUGAUUGGCCCUAGAACAAUAGGAUUCAGAAUGCAGCAGUCUGAUUGGCCCUAGAACAAUAGGAUUCAGAAUGCAGCAGUCUGAUUGGUCCUAGAACAAUAGGAUUCAGAAUGCAGCAGUCUGAUUGGCCCUAGAACAAUAGGAUUCAGAAUGCAGCAGUCUGAUUGGCCCUAGAACAAUAGGAUUCAGAAUGCAGCAGUCUGAUUGGCCCUAGAACAAUAGGAUUCAGAAUGCAGCAGUCUGACUGGUCCACAGGAGCCACCCAAUCCAGCUCCAGGUGGAAGUGAAUCCGCAACCUGAUUGGCCUACAGGUGAAUCCCGGAAUUAGCCAAUCAUGUGGGGCCCAUUGUGUAAAUAAUGUAUAUAAAGCAGACAUUCUGGGGGAAUUUCCAUUCCUACUCACCACUAUGAGCUGAAUAAAGAGCAGGAAAUCCACUCUGGACUCCUUUCAGUCACAAACUGCAAGGAACGGCUCCUCGCGGCCCUCAUGUGGUGAAACAGAGGUACAGCAGAUAUUUUUUAAAAUACUAUAAUGUUAAUAAUAAUAAUUACUGUACAUGUAUUUAUAUCCUGCCUUUCCCCCCAGACUGGGACUCAAGGCAGCUUACACAAAUUAAAACAGCACAAAUAAAAUGGAAAAAAGCUAAAAACACAUGAAGGACAAUUAUUAAAAAGUUAUUAAAUGGCUAGAAUUAAAAUAAUAUAAAAACAGAUCUGUUAAGUACAGAUAAUACAAGCAUAACUUUCAUGGGAUGAGACCUGGGACUGAGUUUCUUCUUCCCUCUGUGAAGGAUAAUCCUUCUGAAUCACUUUUCACGACGAGCAAUUUCUAUAAAACCAGAAUGUAAAUGCUUGUCUUCCUUCUCCCCCACACAAACUACAGUAUAGGCAAAUUGCAGGAGACUGAGGAAGACAAUGCAAACCUAAUUUUAUUUUGGUUUUAUUUAUCACAUUUAUACCCCAGCUUUUCCUCCAAAGAGCUGAGGGUUCUCUUCCUCCUCAUUUAACCCCCACAACAACCCUGUGGGGUAGGCUGGGCUGAGAGGCUGAGCUCCCCGGCAGAGCUGGGAUUUGAACUCUGGUCUCUCCCAAGUCCUAGCCCAGCUCUCUAACCGCUGUGCCGCCCUGCCUCUAGAGAAACCAGGGACCGUAUUCUGUGGGGACAACCGAUAAAGGGCUGAAUCAAGGCGGUUGGGAAACCCAAAAGCUGGUGUUUGGUGAAAUUUCAUCCUGGAUACCCAUUUUCCUUGCAGAAGACCCUGCCUGGCUCCAUCCACGCUGUUUUCCUGAUGGCAGAGAAGGAGGCAGCCUCACAUUUGGAGAAGCUACCUGGCGUGCAGGUGAGUCCCAGAGCAUUGUGUUAUUUUGAUGCUGAAAUAUAAUCAGAGUCAAAUGUGAAUUUCAUGCUCUUUUUUCAGCUCCUAGUAGCAAUGAAUGAAACUUUCCCCAAAACGUCUAGUUACAUAUACAUUAUUUACACAAUGGGCCCUGCGUGAUUGGCUAAUUCCGGGCUGCUCCUGUAGGCCAAUCAGGUUGCGGAUUCACCUCCUCCAGAAGCCUGAUUGGCUUCUCCUGCAGGCCAAUUAGGUUGCUGAUUCACUUCCACCUGGAGCUGGAUUGGGUGGCUCCUGCAGACCAAUCAGACUACUGCAUUCUGGAUCCUAUUGUUCUAGGAUUCAGCUCAGUACAUAACAGAUGUGCUCUCAUCUCUCCUCCAUCCCCCACUGCUAACAUCAUUUCUUCCACAAGAGCGAUGGACCUGAUCUCCUGGUUUGAUCAUUCUGCUUUCUCAGCUCUCCCCUCACACUUUCAUGCAGUCAGCCUCAUUCGCAGCCUGUUGUAAGCGAAAGAAAUCAAGAAAUCAAGCGAAAGAAAUCAACAGGUGCGGCUUCCCUCAUCUGCUGCAAAGCGUUUCACCUGUUGAACUUCUGCCCAUCCAAGAGGUUGCUGAGUGCACUCCGAGGUCCGUGUAGCCUGGUGUUUUGUCAGGCCCCUAAGGAACCAGAUGCAGCCUAUGCCUUAAAUAUUGACUGGUUUCCCAGGCUGUAAGCAUCCUAUCACUGCUGGUGCAAUGGGACUCCCCCAUGGCACCCCAUUUCCCCCCGCCCCGAAUCCGUCCAGUCGGUGCCCUCCGUUCCGCUCCUGCCCUCUCCCCUCUCCCAGCCCAGAUAAUGACUCCGAUUCUUCUUUGCCCUAAUGAGUUCCCGCGGCAAAUCCAUCUCUCUCUCCCAAUUAUAGCUCCGCAGGCCAGACUUGGGCAUUCAGAUAAUAAUUCAGCCCUGGGAAGGUUUCGCUGCUCUUUUAUGAAUGCUGCUUGGUUUAAUUAAUGGAAUGGGAAAUCUCAAUGAGCUUGAUAAACGGCCUCUGCUGCCAGUGAUUAAAAUACCCUCGGCUCCCCCUGUGCGUCUAGAAAGCACCUCAGGCAGGAUCCUGUUUCCAGUCUGGCCUGGCGAUGGAUGGCGGGGGCCCCUCUCUGCUCCCUCCCCACCUCCCAGACUCUCUCCUCUUUCUUUUCUUUUUCUAAAUUUAAUUUUUAUUAGUAUUUUCCACACAACAACAACACAAAAAAUAUCGAAAAAUAACAAUACACAAAACACAAAAACCAACAUACAACCUGCUGGGAAUAAUGGAAAUCCCUUUUUAACGCAGCACAUCGUUAAACUGUGGAACUCACUCCCACUGGAAGCAGCCAUGUCCAUAACCGGGAGGGCUUGAAAGGAGGAUUAGACAAAUUCGUGGUGGAGAGGGCUACCAAUGGCUACUAGCCAGAAGGGCUAUGCUUUGCGCAUGGAGAUGCAGGGCUCUCCUCGUGUGCUUUGGGGCCCUCCAGAUGUUUUUGAACCACAACUCCCAUCAGCCCCUGCUCACUGUGGCUGGCGGGAAUUGUAGGAAAAACAUCUGGAGGGCGUCAGGUUGGUGAAGACUGAACUGGACCUAAAAUGGGCUGGUGGGGAAAUGAGCUGAGUAUAAACACUGAAAAUCUUGAUUUUACACCAGCCCUCUCCUCCUCCAAUUUUUAUACUGCUGGGCCUUUGACUAUUGUGCCUGAAAAUAUACGUUGUUGUUAUUUUUAAAAAUAUUUUAUUGGCAAUUUCAGCAUAACAUAAUUUCAAAACAUAUCAUAUUCAUUAUUCCCCCCUUUCCCCCCACCCUCCAUCAAACCCUCCCCCCCCAAGACUUCCCUCAGCUCCUCUCUCUGAUUUCUCAGCACAUAUUAUUCUCUGCAUGUUAUAAAAUUGUACAUAUCCUUACAUUAUCUAUCUAUCUAUCUAUCUAUCUAUCUAUAUCUAUCAUAUUACCAACCAAUAAGUUUGUGUAUGUUUAUUCAAACCCUGCCAAGGAGUCCAGUUCAUUUUGUUGUCUUGUUAGAUAAUUUGCAAAAAGCUCCCAUUCUUCCUUAAAGUCACAGUUGUCCUUGUCCCGCAGUUUGUAGGUCAAUUUAGCCAGUUCUGCAUAACUCAUAAAGUUUUUCUUGUCACUGUUCUUUCGUUGGGAUUUCCUCAUUCUUCCAUCCUUGUGCUAGUUGUUGUUGUUUUUAAAACAACUCUGGCUGAUAAUUCUGCUCAGUCUUUUGAAAAUGUAUAUUUUAUAUACUUUGCUGUUUUGAAAUUUGUGUUAGCUGACUUGGUCUGUUAAACUGGACUCAUUUUAUAAAGAAAUAUUGACGCUGUGGUGUCGCCCCUGCAGAUGGAGGUGCUGAGCUCCCUGAAGGCUCUGGGGCGGCACGUCGACAGCAGCCAGCUGACCCCGGCACUGGAGGGCCACUUCCCCUAUUGCCACAGCGAGUGGGUCCAAUACUUCCAGGUACAUAUUGUUGCAGCGGACGUUGUUGCCUUCCUCUUUCCCCUUUCUCCAUCUUCUCCUUUUGCAUCGCUCAAGAUUUCAGGGCUGCUUCUGCAGCUAGCAGGGAAACGCCACACCUCUUAAAUAUUUGGAACAGUGGGAAAGGCUCUGGUGGAUAGAUAUUAGGUUCGCCGCUUGCUACACCGUAAAAUAGAAUUUCAAGAAAAUGUUUUUCACGUGGUACCUAACACCAUCAAAGCUUGCCAAAAUGUAUAAACAGAAGUCUAAUUUAUGUUGGAAAUACAGUGUGAACGGGAUCCGUUCCGGAGCCCCAUUCGCAUCCUGAAGCGAACACAACCCGCGACUGCGCAUUUGCAUGUGCGCGGGUUGUGAUUCGCUGCUUCUGCGCAUGACAUCAUUUUGAGCGUCUGCGCAUGCGCGAGCUACGAAACCCAGAAGUAACGCGCUCUGUUACUUCCGGGUCACUGCAGAGUGUAACCUGAAAAUGCUCAACCUGAAGCACAUUUAACUCGAGGUAUGACUGUAUGGAAAAAUGGAAGGAACAUUGUUCCAUAUCUGGUGGAGCUGCGACAAAAACCAAGACCUACUGGGGUAUGAUUCAUGAAGAACUCAAAAAAAUGUUUAAAACAUCUUUACAAAAGAAACCAGAGGCAUAUUUAUUAGGCUUAUUGGGAGAAGAUAUACCACAGAAAAAGAAAGGAAUUUUCUUAUAUGCUACAGCAGCUGCCAGGAUAGUAUAUGCCAGCAAAUGGAAGAGCAAACUAAUACCCACAAAAGAAGACUGGCUAUACAAACUAAGCCAAUUUAUAGAAAUGGCAAAGCUAACUGCAUACAUGAGAAGACAGGCAAACCAAAAACGUAGAUCAGAAUGGCAAUGCUUUGAAGCACUGUUCAAGAAAGAAUAUGUUGAUAUGCUUAGAUUAAAGGAGUAAAGUAGAAAAUAUUAAUUAGGAAUGUCAUAAUGAGAUCAAAAUUUAAAAUUUAAAAAUUGCAAUGAUAGCAUUGAAUCUGUAAGAUAAGGAGGUCAAGAUGUUGUGGAGGGGGGUCAAAGGGUGUGGUGCUGGGAAGAUAUGGGGAAGGGAAGUAUUUAUGUGUUUAUGUAUAUAAAUAGUAGCCUUAUUUUUGUAUGUCUUUGUAGGGUGCAUUUCUUUUUCUGUAUUACUAAAAUUAAAUUUAAAAAUUAGUGGGGGGGGGGGAGAUAAUACCCAUCCUUCAGCCUGCCGGCCUCUGCUGCAUCAUCAGAGUCGACUGUCAGUCUGCUCAGCUUCUGAGGCGAUGGGCACCAUCUUGUUCUUUGCUGCGGGUGCAAAGCCAGCUUUGACCUCUCUGAUCCCACCCACCUCUAUCUCCCUGCCUCAGUUUCCUGCUUCUUGCCCACUUCUAACCACAUUAUUUGGGGUUAUUUUAUCUGACCGGCUGCCUGCUUCCUUCCCCUAGAAGAUGCACCAGUUUGUGAGCGACCUCAAAAAGGCCUCCGAAUUGUUGCAGAACACCACCCAAGAACUGGAAAAGGGGGGCAGACUGGAGACCCUGCAGGUAACACCUCCUUCCCCUGUGUCCCCCGUCCCCCCCGGACCUCAAGGAAGCAUUGGGCUUGGUUUUUUACACGUUAGGACCUCAAGAAAUACAACUCAAUGAUUUUUCCUUGCACAACGGAUUGUUUCCCCUCCCUGCUGAGCGCUUCCAAAAUCUGCUCCGGAGUUGAGUUUGGGGGACAGUGCAGGGGGGAGGGAAAAGGGAGAAAUUCCCAUAACGUUAGCACUGACCCUUUUACUAGCACAAUAGGGAGAGCCAAUGGUGUGAUGCGGUCCUUUGCCAGGAGAAAAGGACGGUACUUUCCUCCAGGUGGGAGCUGUGAUGGCUCCAUUUGUGGUCUGUCCCGAAGGUGAGCUGCCUGUCGCACAGAGCUUACAACCGUGUGGAACAUAGCUGUCAACCGUCCCUUAUUUGGCGGGAAAGUCCCUUAUCCCAGCGCCGUGUCCCUUAUUGAUGAUGUCCCUUAAAUUUCCCGGGUUUCAAAGGAAGCAGCUCCUCUCCUUCCCUCCCUGCCGGCCAGGGAGGAGGGAGGCUCCAACUGUGUGGCUUCGCUGCGUUGCUCACCCAAGAAGGAGUCUAAGAACGACUGGGAGGUAGAGCUUGCAUGCCUUGUGCCGAUCAAAUCGGCCCCGUUGCCUGGGGACUCGCCUUUGCUCAGUUUGGCUGCUUCGUUUGGCUGCUAGCUGGGCUUUCUGUCUUUGGCUCAGAGGGGCUCAGAAGUUGAACAUACCUGUGCUUGGAAAAUCCCUUAUUUUGGCUGCUGAUCCCUUAUUUUCAAGGCUGCUGGUCCCUUAUUUUCAAAUCUGUAAGUUGACAGCUAUGGUGUGGAAUAAUUCCAUCAAUGCCGUUUUAUUUCAUUCAGAAUAAUCUAAGAAGUGCUCUGCCUAGUUCAAGAAUUGCCAGCCUGGUGCAGGCUUGCAGGGGCUGAUGGGAGUUGCAUUCCUGAGGGCACCAGGUUGGCAAAGGGGCCCCCAGUUCAUUUCCAUUUUGUUCUCAACAGCAGUAAACCAAAAGCUUCUGGGAAAUUCACAAAGACAGCUUCUCCCCAGCCCCAAUUUGUCUCCAGCAGCUAGUAUUCCAAGGUAGCCUGCCUCUGCCCAUGGAGGUUUUCUUGAGCUUUGAGGGCUAAUGGCCAUUGACAGGCCUGGAUGUGGCUAAUGUGGGCCAUUGUUCCGCAGGAAGUGGAGCAUCAAAUGGAGAGGCACCAGCUGCUGAUGCAGAAGGUCUUGCGCAAUGUGCAGCUGGUGAGCUUGCAGAGGGAAGGUGGGGCCACGCUGGCGAAACUGAGGAAGGAGGCAGCCCGGCUCAGCUUCUCCCCCAACGUCCGGUAUGAAAGCAAGGGGGGAGCUCUGGCUUCCUCAAGGCCAUCUCUGGGUCUGGGGAGAAAAGUCACCUCCUUGCAACCCGAUUCGGAUUACUGCAGUUCCUUUCGCUUCCACAUUUUUCCAAUCUCAAAUUCAAUUUCUCCACAUUUCCUUUAUUUAAAAGUUCUUGCUGAAUUUUUUUUAAUCAUAAUUUUUAUUGAGUUUUCCAUAUUUCAUUGCAUAAAUCCAUGACUUAAAACAUUGCUCACACAAAGCAUCAACCUCCUUUCCUCCCUCUUUCUGACUUCCAAACGUCUUUUACCAAUUCUUCGCAUUUCUAUAGCCACUUUUUUACCUUAUAUCUAUCUUUUAACAUUCACCUCCUUAUAUGUAAAUCAGUUCCUUAUUUUCAUAUUACCUAGCAUUUCAGCUCAGACCUACAAACAUUUUCAAAUGUUUACAGUUUUCUUUCAUAUAAAAUAUAAAUUUGCUCCAGUCCUUUUGAUACAGCUCAUCGUGCCAAUUCUGGCUCUUCCCCGUCAGCUUUGCCAACUCCACAUAUUCAACCAUCUCUAUCUGCCAAUCUUCCAGUGUAGGAAGUUCCUGCUGCUUCCAUUUCUGGGCCAGAAGUAUUCUUGCGGCCGUUGUGGCAUACAUGAACAAAUUUACAUCUUUUUUUGAAUUUCCUCACCAAUUAACCCAGUUCUUGUUGAAAUUCUUCAGCGCUUUUGUACAAAUUGCACCUCUUUUUUUUUUUUAAAGCACCUUCCCUAACGUGCCCCUCUCUUCGCUAGGAGCAGCAUCAGCCGGGCUCUGACCCUCUACAACCUGGUGGAGGAGAAAGUCCACAUGCUGGUCACCAAAUCCAAUGGCUGCCUGGAGCACCUGGAAUUUCUGCUGAAGAUCCGACAGCUGGAGGCGGAGUUUGGCAAGGUCAGUGAGGACCCCCGCCCCAGCCAAGUGGUACCCACCCAAGGUUGGCCAUCCAUGGCUGUGCCUGCCCAACCCAAAUGGCUGGGAACGGUCAGCAGUCUCAGAACUUCAGAGUUGGAAGGGGCCCAAAGAAUCAUUUACCCAACCCCCUGCAAGAGAAUACCGUAUUUUGCACUCCAUAAGACGUACCUAGUUUUUAGAGGGGAAAGCAAGAAAAAAAAAAUUCUGCACAGAGCGUGUAAGCAGCUCUCGCUUUUCUUGCUUUAAAGCAAGCAAAGCCAGAGCCGCUUACAUGGCUUCUCUCCUGCUUUGCGCAGCUCUCACUUUGCUUGCCCAUCCCUCCUCCCGCAAGGAGGAGGAGACACCAGAACAGGUGCUUUGCUUGCUUUACAGUGAGGCAGGAAGAGGGAUGGGCAAGCAAAGUGAGAGCAGUGCAAAGCGGGACAGAAGCCACAUAAGCGGCUCCCGCUUUGCUUGCUCCUGUCUGUCCCUCCUCCCGCCUCGCUGCGAAACCAGCAGAGCAAGAGCCACUGACAGGCUCUGCGGCUCUUGCUCUGCUGGCUUCACAGCGAGUGACGGACGGGAGCCAUGACUCCGGUUGCGGAGGCAUCGCCCAGCUCAUGACUACAGCGGCAGCUGAGGGAUCCCUCUGCCAUCCAGUGCAUUCGCUCCAUAAGACACACAGACAUUUCCCCUUACUUUUUAGGAGGAGAAAAGUGCGUCUUAUGGAGCGAAAAAUACAGUAUUUGGCAGGAUUUGAUUCUGCCUCCUGUCGCCUCUGCCGGGAUGGUUGAGGGUGGGAGAGUGAAGAGAUGCUCAGGAUUGUGAGACUGUUCCACCGUCAAACAGCUCUUACUGUCAGAAAGUUCUUCCUUGCCUUCAGGGAUCAGUUCCUGGCAUCUCCCCUGCCUGAACCCCUGGAAAGCGGCUGCCAGUCCGAGCUGACAGCACACAGCUAGGUCGUCUCAAGCGAGUUUUCCUCUGUUCCUAAGAUCUGGGCUCCUUGAUUGGGGAGUCACAAGUUUUCCCUGGAGGAGGUUCCUUCCAAGAAGCCGCCUCUUGCGUCCUGCUGCUAAAACCUUGGCUUCUUCACACAGCUCAGUUUGUGGUUCGAUGAAGAAGGCGAGUCGGCGCUGCGCGAGGCGGGGUCUGCAGCAGAGGGCAGCCGGGAGGCGGCCCAAGAGUCCCACCAGCGGUUCAAGGAAUUCUUCAAAGAAGCAUCGGUACGUUGGCCGAAUCUUCCUGCUGCCUGCUUUGCACCGGAAACGCACACUGGGAAAACUGGGCAAGAUCUGCGUCAGAAGUGUCAGGCUUCCAAUAUUUUUCAAAAGCAUUUAUUUAUCUAUUUUGCUGCAGUUAUAUUCCACCAUUUUCUUCAAGGUGGGUGUCUCCCUCCUCACUUAAUCCCCACAAGAACCCUGUGAGGUAGGACAGUCUGACAGGCAGCAACUGGUCCAAAAGGUCAACCAGUGAGCUUCAUGGCCAAGUGGGAAUUCGAACCCUGGUCUCUCUGAGAUGCUAGCCCAGCCUCUAGCCACUAUAUCACACUGGCUGUACAAUUCCAUUUUAGGUGCAUUAUAUUCUAACGUUUGAUGUUUUAUUAUGGUCUAUAUUUGUUGGAAGCCGCCCAGAGUAAUUGGGGCAACACAGCCAGAUGGGCUGGGUAUAAAUAAUAAAAUUACGUUUAUUUUUAUUACGUUAUUUUGAAAAGAAGAAUCACAAAAGAUUGAAGAUAAUUCUGUCAGCUAUUCACUUGCCAACCUUAGAGAUAUGGGAGGAAUGUGAAUCAGUUUGCAUUUAAAGGGAAACAUUCCUAAUUCACACUUUCCAAAAUGAUACGUAAACCAGAACGCAGCUACCCAUUGAAACCUGCACUUCUUUGAAUUUUGCAAUGCAGUUCUUCACCCAAGUAAUGUGCAGAAAAUGCAGAAAUGAUGCAUAAACACACAUAUAAUAAUGAAAAUAAGAUGCAAAAAUGUGAACAUAAGAACGUAAAAGGGGCUGUGCAUUUUGGUGCAAAUUUAUCCAAAUAUGCACCGGUUAAUAUGCAAUUUCUCCUUACAUGCACAUUUUUGCAGACUUUUUUUCUCUGUUAGAAUGCCUCUGCAGUUGGAGGCAGCGAUGCUUCUGAAUCCCAGUUGCUGGAAACUGCAGGAGGGACGAGAUCCUGCGCUCAGAUGCUGCUUGCAGGCUGCCCCUAAUGGGCCCCUCGUCGGCCACUGUGAGAACAGGAGGUGGGACCAGAUGGGCCACUGGCCUCAUCCAGCACACUCUCCUUAUGUUCUUUUUUUUAAAGAAUGGGAAAUGUUUAUUGCAUAUUUACAAAAGCAUUGUAAGGAAGUUAAUACAUUAGCAGGAUUUUUAAAACACUUGUAAUGUUAUGGAUAAUGUUUAAAUUUGUUUUUUUUUAUAAGAUAUUUAUUAAGGUUUUUUAAAAUAUUACAAUAGAAAUGAAAAAGAAAAGAGAAAAAUACAAAAUAAAAACAGUUAAAAACACACAUAUUUUCAGUUACUUAUUUUCCUAUAGUUUGUUUCCCGGACCUUCUCAUACCUCCCUUUUUUGUAUUCCACUUCGAAUUAUUGGUUCAGCAAAUCCUUACCAUUAGAUUUUAACCCAUUUAUAACCCUUUUUUUCAUAUUCUCUUAAAGCAUUACAGCUAGAAACCGCUUAAUUACUAUCCAACAUCAUUCUAUCAUUCAUUAAUUUUACAAUAUUUCUGUAAAUAGUCUUUAAAUUUCUUCCAAUCUUCUUCCACCGACUCUUCCCCCUGGUCUCGGAUUCUGCCAGUCAUUUCUGCCAAUUCCAUAUAGUCCAUCACCUUCAUCUGCCAUUCUUCCAAAGUGGGUAGAUCUUGUGUCUUCCAAUACUUUGCAAUAAGUAUUCUUGCGGCUGUUGUAGUAUACAUAAAAAAAGUUCUGUUCUUCUUUGGCACCAAUUGGCCGACAAUGCCCAAAAGAAAGGCCUCUGGUUUCUUCAAGAAGGUAUAUUUAAAUACCUUUUUCAGUUCAUUAUAUAUCAUUUCCCAGAAAGCCUUAAUCCUUGGGCACGUCCACCAAAGGUGAAAGAAUGUACCUUCAGUUUCUUUACAUUUCCAGCAUUUAUUAUCGGGCAAGUGAUAGAUUUUUGCAAGCUUGACUGGGGUCAUGUACCACCUGUAUAUCAUUUUCAUAAUAUUCUCUUUUAGGGCAUUACAUGCCGUAAACUUCAUACCUGUGGUCCAUAACUGUUCCCAGUCAGCCAUCAUUAUGUUAUGUCCUACGUCUUGUGCCCAUUUAAUCAUAGCAGAUUUCACCGUUUCAUCCUGAGUAUUCCAUUUCAACAGCAAGUUAUACAUUCUUGACAAAUUCUUAGUUUUGGGUUCUAACAGUUCUGUUUCUAGUUUUGAUUUUUCCACCUGGAAGCCAAUUUUCUUAUCCAAAUUAUAUGCCUCCAUUAUCUGAUAAUAAUGAAGCCAAUCGCUCACUUUGUUUUUUAGUUUCUCGAAACUCUGCAAUUUCAAUUUAUCUCCUUCUUGUUCCAAAAUUUCCCAAUAUUUCGGCCAUUUGGCCUCCAUAUUGAGCCUUUUCAGAGCUUUCGCUUCCAUCGGUGACAACCACCUUGGGGUUUUAUUUUCCAAUAAAUCCUUGUAUCUUAUCCAAACAUUAAACAGUGCUUUCCUGACUCCUUAUGUUCUUAAAGUCUGUCCUUCCUUCCCCUGUUAGGUCCACUACAACCGGGGUCUGUCUCUGUCCAAGGAGGCCAGCAAGGUCCAGGGGUCCAGGUUCCCAGAGACGGAGGCCUUUGAGGCAGCGAAAAGGGCUUUCCAGGCCAAGCUGACCAUGUUCUACAUGGAGAUGGAGAUGAAAGGAGCUGAGCUGGAGACACUCCUGGACCUCUACAAGUUCUGCGACAAGGUGAAUGUCCCAAAAGCUGAAGGAAAUGAUGGAGGGAGGCUGGGUGUGUGGGUGUGUGAAGGGGACUGGAACAAGGAAGGGGGAAUCUUUAAGGCAGAUGGGGCCUUUGACAUGGGGCGCAUCUGCUACCACCACAUCCCUGGUGAGAAAUUAUAGAAAGGAUGAGAAAAUGGGCCAGGAUGAAGCCCUGGAAGGAGCAAGUAAGAAUGGUUGUCCUGUGUUUUUGCCCCCAAGGUCACACAGUUUAACCUGGACUGCCAGCGUCACCAGGCCACUUGGAUCUGCAGAGAGGAGGAGCCCAAGAGCAUCCAAGCCCAGCGAGAUAUGGAGGAUGCCCUCCAGAAGCUCUCCAGGGAGUUCUCCACUGAGACCUUCCAGCAGAUGAAGGUGCAGGCCUCUAGCGUGCGCAGCAAGAGGGGUCUAGCCGUGUGGAAUGAAGCCUUGGAGAGGUGCCAGGAAGCCAGGCAGCUCCUUGAAGAUGCCCUUGCCAGGUUCAAGGAGGCUUGGGAAGGAGGUGCAGAAGAUUCGGAUCCCGUCCCAGCUACCAAACUCUCAGGAGAAGAUGUCUGCUUAGAUGGAGCAUCAACAGAAGCCGAGAAAACAGAGCACGACAGAAGGACCCAAGAUGUGGGUGGAACUGGUGUCCAUGACAAGGCUUCCCAAGAGGUCCCCUCAUGUGGUGGUGGGAUGCUGAAGGGUGUGAAGGCCAGUGAAGAGGCCUACCUUGCUUCGUUGGAUGUUAUUCUGGAAUGUGGGGGCCCCGAGGCUCAGGCAGACCCAGGCGAAGAAGCCCCCGGAAGCCCCCAUGCGACGAGACAGGACUGCCCUCCACCGACCCUUCCCUGUGCCUCUUCCCCCAACACCAAGAAGGUGCCAGCCCCCUACGAGAGCCUCCCUUCCACCAAGCAGCCUGGCCUCUCCUUGCCCGCGAGAGGCCAACGCAGCAGGAAGAGAGAGGCGGCUCAGUACUUCCAGCUCUCCAGGCACGGGAGUUUUUCCUCUGAAGAUGCAGAUUCCCAAAGCUCCACUGAAGAUGCUCUGAGCUCAAGUGCCACCUUGCCCAUGGAAUCGUCCAAAGGAGCCUGGACUCAGGAGAAGGCACCGGGGAUUCUCUAUCUGGAGAAUCACAGCACAGGCAGCCUGACGGACACGACGGCCACCCAGUGAGACCGGGGGACCAUCCUGGGUGCUGCCACGCCGGACCCUCCACACCCAUUAUUUUUUUGAUGCUGGAUACAUUCCUGGGAGCUCCAUUGCCCCAUGUCUCAAAGGGAAAGCCUUUAUUGUUGCCGUUUGUUGUUGGACAUUGCUAAGAGUUCUUCCUUUUGCUGGUGUGUAGCUCUGUUUGGGCAGGAGGCUACCCACCCCCAAAGCCAGCCAUCAUUUCCUAUUAUGGCUUGCAUGGAGCAGAUGCGAUGGAAGACGGUCGCUUUCAGGGCGGAGAGAGUCUGUCGUGUUCCCAUCUCAGUCCACCAGUCCCAUUAGGAACCUGGUUAGUAGCUGGCUAGCAAACCCUCCCCCUGCCCCGGGCAGGAGGCCACACUUCUUCAUGGCAAUACAGUCCUACUGACGCUGCAUGUCCCAAAGCCGUUGUGCAUUUGAACCCUCAAGUAUCUGAGGGCUCUGUCCUUGCAGCCAAAGGGUGAGGGGUCAAGUCCAUGCAAUGACUAUCGCUUAGAGUCUCACGGUGGCAUUCAGGGUUGAUGUUUAAUACCUUGGUCCUCUGCAGAAACAGAGAGCAGAAUGGAAGUUCGUACCUGGAAACAUCCACCCUGAAAAUAUUUCCCCUCCAGCUGAUUCAAGAACUGAGAGCUGUGCAAAUGACUCUGCCCCUGGGACUCAGCAGCUCUCCCCAAAUGUUUAUUUUUGCCAUUGUUAAUCAAAGAACCCAAACACCCGUUCUGCAAUGCUUCCCCAGACGCCCGUUCAGAGUGAAAAUGAGACAGCGCUUGGGCUGGUUUCUGUGCCUCACAGAAAUCCAGAGGCUGCAGAAGACCUGACAAGAAACUCCUCCUCCUUCUCCCCCUCCCCUCCUCCCCCCUUCUUCUUCUUCUUCUUCCUCCUCCUCCUCCUCCUCCUCUUCUUCUUCUUUUCCUCCUCCUCCUCCUCCUCCUCCUCCUCUAUCAUCUCCAUCUUCUAGUGGAAAGUCCCAUAUUUUUCACUCUACAAGACGCACCCGACUACAAGACGCACCUAGUUUUUGGAGCAGGAAAACAAGAAAAAAAAAAUUCUGAAUCUCAGAAGCCAGAACAGCAAGAGGGAUCACUACGCAGUGAAAGCAGCAAUCCCUCUUGCUGUUCUGGCUUCUGGGAUAGCUGCGCAGCCUGCAUUCGCUCCAUAAGACGCACACACAUUUCCCCUUACUUUUUAGGAGGGAAAAAGUGAGUCUUAUAGAGCGAAAAAUACGGUAGCUUCAAAACCUGCAGCCAGGAACAGAAAAGUAGCCGGGGUGAAGGACCUCAUCAUUUGCCCUGUGGCCUAUUAGCCCCCCCACAAAAUGCACCCCCACAAAGCUCCUUUUCUGUUCCCACAUCUUCUUCCAUGCAGGUAAAGAAAUAAGAAACCUGGAGCUUGAGGUGGGGAGGGGGGAAUAGCCAUCAGAACCAGAGCAAAGGAUGGGAGGACCUCCCUGCCCCCCCCCGGCCUUCUCCUGAUUCCCUGAUUCCCCCCUGCAGACCGAUUUCUGUGGGCCUGGCUCACCUGGGCAUCCCAUGCUCACCAAGGUCUCCUAGAACGGAGCGGCUCCCAACAUUGGAAUCAC